AUGGCAGGUGGUCAUUCGCAUAGAUCUACUUUGAAAAAUGAUCAUAAACCGUUCAAAUCAAAGCAUGCCACCAAGGGUCAAUUGAAGAACCAGUACAAGGGUAAGGUUGAAAAAUCGAGCUCAUCCAACAAGCAAGUCAAGGUACUCUCCAAGUUGGAAAGAAAGAACCUCGCUAAACAAUUGAAGAGCAGUAAGAUCUUGGAAACGAAACAAACCAGAAAGAUCUUCGAGGGAAACAAUGGUGCAGAAAAGAUCAUCACUAUUAUUGCCUUGACCGAUGAUCUCUCAUCGGCCGAGAUAGCAUCCCAAUUGAUAAACAGUGUAGGUGACGACGAAAGCGACAACGUAAUGCUUGAAGCACCAUCGGUGAACUCUGUGAAGAUCAAUAGAUUCAAGAGUAAUUUGAAGUUCAUAUUGCCAGAUCCAAGUAACUUUUUAUCGAUAUUGGAUGCUGCAAAGGUGUCGGAUUUCGUAGUGUUUGGUAUCUCAGCUGAGAAGGAAGUUGAAAAGGAAUACGGUGAACAGAUCUUAAGAGCUGUUAUUGCCCAAGGUAUAGCCUCCGUGAUCGGUGUAUUACCUAACGUAGUCUCUGCAUACCCCAAGAGGAAUCUUCAAAUGGAUAUUAGGCAAUCUUUACAAUCAUUUUUCAACCAUUUCUUCCCUAACGAAGAGAAGGAAAAGUUGUUUGCAUUAGAACUGGAGUCUGAGUGCCUGAACUGUAUUCGUACCAUAUGUCAAAAGUUCCCCAAGUCAAUUACAUGGAGAGACCAAAGAGGUUGGCUCGUAGCCGAUCAAGUGACGUUUGAGAAUGACUUACUCUGCGUGGAGGGUAUCGUCAGAGGUACUGGGUUUAAUGCCAACAGACUUGUUCAUAUUCCUGGUUUUGGAGAUUUUCAGAUCGACCAUAUUGAAUCUAUAAAGAAGAACCAGGAUGAUAACGUAGAAUUCCAGCCAGAUUCCAAUCAAGAGACUCUUGAGGAGUUGAAUAACGAAGAAGUUGACAUGGAUGAAGUUGAAGAAUGGAAUGGGAUUGAUGACGACUUUGGUGGAGCUAGAAUGGAUGAUAAGCGUUACUUUGAUGAUGACGGAAGCAGAAACCUUCACCCAGACAGGCCAUUGCCAAAAGGUACCUCUAGCUAUCAAGGUAGAUGGUAUUUGGACGAUGUGUUGGAGGAUGCAUCGGACAUUGAAGAAGAAGACGAAGACGGAGUAGGUCAACUAGGAAAAGGUGACAUGGAGAUCGAAGAAGACUACAUUAAUAACGUAGCCGGAGGUCAAUCAGAGUAUGAGCCAACUGAAGCCGGCGAAUCUGAAUUGUUUGUAGAAUUGACCCCAGAAGAAGAAACCAGGCAAUUACAAGAAUUCAGAGAAGCUGCCAAGGAAGAUCUCGAAUUCCCUGAUGAACUUGAACUUGAUCCUCAAGAAUCCGGUAAGGAAAGAUUGGCUGCCUACAGAGGUAUCAAGUCAUUGGGUAAUUGUGACUGGGACUGUGAUGAAGUUGAUAAGGACUCUCCAAGUAUCUGGAACAGAUUAUUGAGAAUCAGUAACUUCAAGGCUACUAGAAACAAGAUCGUCAAGCAAAACAUUAGAGAAGCACAGUUGACCAUUGGUAACAGAUGUAGAAUCUUUUUAAAGGCACCAUUCCACAUUAUGGAAAAGGUUAACAGCUCAACCAAUCCAUUUGUAGUCUAUGGCUUAUUAGAACAUGAACACAAAUUAGCAUUAGUCCACUUUUCAUAUGAAUCAUGGGAAGAUUACGAAGAACCAAUUGCAUCUGGUGAAUCUAUUAUUGUUCAAUAUGGCCCAAGAAGACAAGUCAUUCAGCCCAUAUUUAAUCAAGCAUCAAAUAACUCAAACAACGUACAUAAAUCUGAGAAGUUCCAUCACCCAGGUUCAUUUUCUAUUGCAUCGUGUAUUGCACCAGUUUUGUUCAGCAAUGCACCAACUAUCUUCUUCAAGCCUAUGGGUGAUGACGGUAGUGAAGGUUUGGAACUUGUAGGACAAGGUACAUUCUUGAACUGUGACCACACUAGAGUUGUUGCAGAGAGAGCUAUACUCACAGGUCACCCAGUGAAGAUCCAUAAGCGUGUUGUUACAGUCAGAUAUAUGUUCUUCUCUCCUGAGGAUAUUAAUUGGUUUAAGGCUAUCCCAUUAUUUACCAAAUCUGGUCGUAGUGGAUUCAUUAAGGAGAGUUUAGGUACCCAUGGAUACUUCAAGGCUACCUUUGAUGGUAAGCUAACCGCUCAAGAUACUGUGGCUAUGAGUAUGUACAGACGUGUGUGGCCACAUGUAUCACAGCCAUGGAUUGAAUAA